GGCAAGAGUUGGAUCCGACAGCUCUCCGAUACUUAGACAACAAAUUGGAUGUCAUGUCGAUUACGGCUCAGGAGGACGAGACGGGCCAAUACGGGCUGAUCGUACUCUUCAGGUUCGACAAUGUUAUCAAAUAUUGUUGGACUCAAGACAGACAACUGAGCGAUAAUUGCGAAGAGGAAAAUCUGAAAGUAUUGAUAGAUUGCAGCGAUUCUGAGCCUAACGUCAAUAAUGGGACAGAAAAUAUCGCAACACAUAAUAUAAAUGUUAAUAAUAUAACGGAAAAUGUAAGCAAACAAUUGGUCGACAGACAAGAGAUGCGUUCAGACGAUGGAAAGAAAGACUUUCCUAAAAGUAAAAGCGAUUCCGAUAUUGAUCUCCAAGUGCUCGAAGAGGUGGUCGAUGAGGAAGAUGUGCCACAACAGCAACAACAACAGCAACAGACAAAUGCCACAAACAAUAAACAAAAAUAU